AUGGCGAGUCGUUGUUUUCGGUUGGCAAUGUCCGCAGACGCGAAUCACGCCGAAAGUGUCUGCAAUCUGGCCGUUCUGCAGAUGCGAGACGGCAAACUUGAACAGAGUCGAGCGUUGUUUCUGUCGGCAAUUCAAAAAGGACCACAUCUUUUCGAACCACACUUCAAUCUAGCACUACUCACCUAUCAGUUGGGUCAAUUCAACGAGAGCCGUUCACUGGUAAUGAAAGCACUCGAGAUUUUUCCGGAUCACAUCUACUCGAAAACACUUCUUGGACACAUCGAGCAGUUGUACACUAUACUUUAG